UGAUCAGGGCUGACCAAGGCGGCCUAGCGACAGUGAAAUUUUCUCUGCCCUCUUUGCAACCUGCAGACCCUGUGACCAGAUGUACAGGCGCCCGGGGAUUCACGAUACAAAAAUCUCCAUUGAUUAUUUAUUUAGAUUCGGUUUCGAUAUGUUUUAUUUCAAAUACGCCCAUCUCUAUACUGUAUCGGUGCAUCUGUCAAUUUGUCUUUCAAGAACGUCAGCGCCACCAACUGUCAAAAUCUUUCAUUUGGAUACUUCAAAAUGGGUAUCAGCCGGGACCACUGGCAUAAGCGGAGAGCCACAGGAGGCAAAAGGAAGCCUCUCCGUAAGAAGAGGAAGUUUGAGUUAGGCCGUCCAGCUGCCAACACUAAGCUCGGCCCCAGAAGGAUACAUUAUGUCCGUACACGGGGAGGUAACCUCAAAUACAGGGCUCUGAGGAUAGACCAAGGAAACUUUGCUUGGGGUAGCGAAGGACAGGCCAGAAAGACGCGUAUCAUCGACGUUGUCUACAAUGCUAGUAACAAUGAGUUGGUACGUACCAAGACAUUGGUAAAGAAUGCCAUUGUUGUUGUUGACGCUACUCCAUUCAGGCAAUGGUAUGAAAACUACUAUGCCAUGCCUUUGGGAAGAAAGAAGGGCGCCAAAUUGACUGCUGAAGAAGAGGAAAUUAUAAAUAGGAAACGCAGUAAGAAAGUUCAGAAGAAAUAUGAGAAUAGGCAAAAAACAGCUAAGGUUGAACCUGCUCUAGAAGAACAAUUUCAGACAGGAAGAUUAUUAGCUUGUUUAGCAUCAAGACCUGGCCAGUGUGGCAGAGCUGACGGUUAUGUAUUAGAAGGAAAGGAACUUGAGUUCUACAUCCGUAAGAUUAAGUCAAAGAAAGCAAAAUAAAAUGUUUUUAUAUGGUGUUAAUAAAAAGUAACACUGUAGUUGUUUAUA